CGCCACUUCAAAUACAAAUCCUGGAGUACAAUUGAUGUGCAAAUGCAUGGAUAUUGGUGUCAAGCUAGCAGACGCAGCAAUCAAUUAGGAAGGGUGACUAGCUAGCUAUCGAAUUUGGGACACUUCACACUUGGUAAAAGGAGGAGAAUGCGAUUUUCAAUGGAGGAGAUCUUUAAUAAUAAUAGUAGUUCAACGAAGACCAGUAAUAGAGAGGUGAAACAGGAAAUCAUGGUAAUCGACGGUGGAGAAGAACCAAGUAAACGUAAAAGUGAAAGUGAAACGAUGAUCGAGGUAGAAGAGUCGUUGUUCACACCUCGAAUACCGAGAGUUCCACCGGUGAUGAGAAACCAUGAAAAUAACAAGGGAAUGUUUGAUCCAAAGGUGGUUUCUAUAGGUCCAUACCACCAUGGCAAAGAGGAUCUCCAGCUUGUAGAGAACAUCAAGCCUAAGGUAGCAAAACUGUUUCUACAAGACAGCGGCAAGGAUAUGGCUGCGGUCUACAGCAUGAUUCUUGAAAUGGUUGUUGAUGAAAGGGGGGUUGAUGAUCCUAGAAGCUACUAUGAUAAAUGUUCAACCGACAAAUACAGUCGUGAGCAAUUUGCAAAUAUGAUGCUCUUGGAUGGUUGUUUCAUUCUAGCUAUAAUUGAGGACUCCUUCCUCUUUAAUGCCAAUCAAGGACCAAAAUAUGAUGAUUUUAGAAAUCAUCUAGGCAUUCCACUUUGGUUUUCAACAUUUGGAGACAUAUUUUACUUGCUUGAGAAUCAACUCCCAUUUCAAGUUCUUGAGUUGCUAAUGAGCUUAAAAUUCAAAGGAGAUGAGGGGAUGAAAUCCAUCAAGAAGGUAUUGAAGUUUUUGAUUUCUAUGGACACUGGACAUCUUGGGAAUACGGAGGACGUUAAUGUCAAUCAAACCGAUUGGGAAUUGGCUCAUCUCCUUCAAUUGGUGCAGAAAAAUUUUCUCAAUCUCAAUCGAUCCCUUCACGUAUCCAAAUCUCAAAUGGGCACAAGGAAGGGGAAAGACAAAUUCCAAUGUAAGUGCCGUCUUAAGGAUUACAUUGAACGGUGCCAUAAGAUAUUCCGUUUUGUCAAGAAACACAAAUAUUCCAAACCUAAGUAUAACCUGAAGGAACAUGUUCGCUCAUUUCGUUCAGUUACUGAGCUCAAAGAAAAAGGGAUAUACUUUACGCCUAACAGUUCUUUAUCUCGUCAGGAUAUUGAGUUCAAAUCUUGUUGCUUCUAUGGACGUCUUGAACUUCAUCCUGUCAUAGUUCAUGGAACGACCAAACUAUUUUUCUCAAACAUGCUUGCUUAUGAAAUGAUUUCAAGCACUAGAUUUGAGGACCUUGCCAUUACCUCUUACGUUGAUUUCAUGAAAUUACUGAUUGACAACCAGGCCGAUGUGAAAGAGUUGCGGUCAAAGCAUGUACUAUUCAACGCGAUUGGCAAUGAUCAAGACGUGGCUAAUGUUUUCAAAGAGAUCACCAUUUUUGGAACUAAUGUCAAAAUAUAUGCUGAUGUCAAGCAGAGGAUUCAGGAUCACUAUAACAGCACUGCCAAGACUUGGAUGGCAGCUUGUAUUAACAAAUAUUUUAGCGGACCAUGGACAGCCAUUGCUUUCGUCGCUGCAACUUGUCUAUUUGUCUUGGCUUUUCUCCAGACUUACUACACUAUCUCCCCUUGCUCAUCCCAUAAAUAAAGAAAAAGUACGCCAACAAAAUUUCACUACUAAAUUUGUAUUAAUGCCUAAGUGCCAAUUUGUUUUGAUGUCUCUUCCGGUAUUUUUCCUUUAUUUGUUCUCUAGGUGUCAUCAAGAUUUGUGUGAGCAGGGGUACGUGUAACCCCUUCUACAAUUUUUUUUGUGUGUGCAUGUGCGUGCGUGCACGCGCGUUUGUCUGUUUUCUCAUAAUAAUUGUGAUUAGUGCUCUUGUAAUUUGUGUUUUUGCGAGAAAACACAAUAAUAACUUUGUUCCUUGUUACUUGUUAUCAGACUUAUU